ACCACCACCCCCUCCAGCCAGUUCACCCCCUCCCCAGCAUCUCCAGCCCCGUCAGUUUCAAUAGCUCUUCCCCCCGCUCCCAUCGCCGGCUGAUUCAGGAUGCUGGAAGGACCAGCUGCAGAGGAGGCUUUACUCUCUGGCCGGCCACCGGAAGACCCUGAGACAGCUGAAGUGAGACGGAGAGCUGGCCUGGAGCUGAAAUUCCGGGGGCUCAACAUGCAGAUCAAAGGCCGGGCGAUCCUGUGCAACGUGUCGGGGACGGUCCAACCUGGGGAGCUCCUGGCCGUCAUGGGGCCUAGCGGCUCGGGUAAGACCACACUCCUCAGUGCCCUCUCCGGGAGGCAGCCCGUGAAGUCGGGCACUAUCAAGGUGAACGGGGUGCCGCUCAACAAACAACUGCGCCGCACUAUCUGCUACGUCAUGCAGCAAGACAUCUUCUUCCCCAACCUGACGCUCAAGGACACGCUCAUGUACCAGGCCCACCUGAAAUUGCCCAGCUCGAUGAAGCUGCAGGAGAAGGAGCAGAUUGUGACCAACCUUGUCGAAGAGUUGGACAUCAAGAAGUGCUACAACACCAUUAUUGGUGAUGAAUAUUUACGUGGUCUCUCAGGAGGAGAACGCAAACGAGCUAAUAUUGCCUGCGAGCUGCUAUCGGAUCCUGCUCUCAUGCUGUUAGAUGAACCGACCUCGGGACUGGACUCGAGUACGGCCUACAGCCUGUGCUUUACACUGAAACGAUACGUGGAAAAGCAUCGGAAGACCGUCGUUUCAUCGAUCCACCAGCCGUCGUCACAGAUUUACCACAUGUUCGACAAACUCCUUCUCAUGAGUGAGGGAGAGAUUGCCUACUAUGGAGCUUCAAGCAAAAUCCUGGAAUUCUUUGCCGCCCUUGGCCUGUAUUGCACCCCGCACUACAAUCCCGCUGACUUCAUUUUGGAUAAAGUCAAGGAGUCUUCUGAAGUGAGACGGAGAAUAGUGGCGUCUGCAAAUGAGUUACGGAAAACCAGCUUGGAAUCCCCUCUGGACCCGGAGUUCACAGAUGAUCCCGAUGAGAAACGUCCAAACGGUCUCACUAUCAAGAAGGAAGGUCAAUGGAAAUUAUCCAAAUACGCACUGAAGCAAGGUGAGUACUCUGUGGCUUUAGAAAAGGACUCGAGCAGAAAAUGGCCCUCCUCCUUUUGGACUCAGUAUUCCACUCUGACCUCACGCAACUUCAAGCAGCAACGGGCAGUGAUCCUCUCCUGGCUGAAUAUCGUCCAGACAUUGACCAUGGCGUUUGUCCCUGGCAUCAUCUGGUGGCAGCUGCCGAAGGUGGAAGAACAGAUCUACGCCAGGUCAGGACUGAUUUAUUUUAUUCUGCUCUAUUGGGCGUUCACCCCAAUCUUCCACACCUUAAGCACAUUCCCACUGGAACGCCCAGUCAUCAACAAGGAGAGGCUGUCUGGCUCCUAUCGCCUCUCCGCCUACUAUCUGGCCAAAAUGACAAGCGAGUUGCCCCUGACGAUCAUCCAGCCUCUCAUCAGCCUGACCAUUGCCUUCUGGAUGGGUGGUCUUAAUGGUGUCAUUGCUUACUUUGUCGGCUUGGCAAUGAUAAUGCUCGGAUCAAUCACAGCACAAUCCAUCGGUCUCUUUGCCAGCGCUCUCUUCCUCAGGAUUGACCAGUCCAUCAUCUUCGCCACCAUCUUCAUGCUGAGCACCCUGCUCCUCGGAGGCUUCUACAUCCAGCGGCUGCCGGCUUGGCUCACCUGGGCUCGCUACCUGGCUUUUGUCAUCUACCCCUUCCACGUGAUGCUGAGCUUUGAGUUUUCCAAUAACCACACCAUCCUAUGUAAAGAGGAGAACUCAGCCUAUCGGCACUGCAACAUGGUCAGGAACACCACCAACGCCUCCGUCUACAUCCCCAGGGACGAGAUCCUGGCCUAUUUCGAGGUCACACUCCCGAUCUGGGCCGAUGUCUUAAUUCUUCUCCUGUUUCUGGUGGCCUUUCGGGUGGCCUGCUACCUUCUCCUCAGAUUCUACCGCAAGCCGUGAACCUCACCAUGGCCUGCUCGCCUUUUGAUCCUUUUGU